GGGAGAAGUUGUAAUAAAAGUGAAAAGUAAAAACCAUGUGAAAGGAAAAGGAAACAUGGGACUAGGCAAAAAAGCUCCAAAGUGGGGGAGGCAUUCAGCCAUCAGACGCACCAACUUUGAAAAGCUCCAAACCUUCAGCGUCAAAAUCUGUUUAUUUGGGGAAAAUAUUGCAAACGGGAGCGAAAAGCGGAGAGAGCCUUGUAUUGAUUGCCACAUUUACCUCUUACCGCACUUUCAUUCAUCCCUUCCAAAUCCGUAUAACUGCAAACGCUAUUUUUUUUGUUUUGAAUUCGGCAUCAUAAGCUUUCGAAAAGUUUCAAUUUGAUCGCCAACGGAUCAGCUUGGAGAAGAAGAAGAAACUGCGGGGGUUUGAUUCGGAUUCGGAUUCUGCGAUGUCGUGUUCAUCGUCAUCUUCCGCGUCGGAGGAGGAGGAUGAGGCAAUGGAUUCUUACAGGAAGGGGGGGUACCACGCGGUGCGUGUCGGCGAUUCCUUCUCCGGCGGGCGGUACCUCGCGCAGCGGAAGCUCGGUUGGGGAGAGUUCUCCACUGUCUGGCUCGCCUAUGAUACUAAAACAUCAACAUAUGUAGCUCUGAAGAUUCAGAAGAGCGCACCACAAUUUGCCCAAGCUGCUCUCCAUGAAAUUGAAGUCCUCUCUGCUAUUGCUAAUGGUGACCCCUCAAAUAGUCACUGUGUGAUACGGCUGAUCGACCAUUUUAAGCACACUGGCCCAAAUGGACAGCAUCUCUGCAUGGUUCUUGAAUUUCUUGGCGAUAGCUUGCUACGACUAAUCAGAUAUAACCAUCAUAAAGGCCUCGAAUUAAACAAAGUUAGAGAAAUAUGCAGGUGCAUCUUGACUGGUCUAGAUUAUUUGCAUAGAGUACUUGGAAUUAUACAUACAGACUUAAAACUCGAAAAUAUAUUGCUCUGCUCCACGAUUAAUCCCACCAAAGAUCCAAUAAAAUCUGGACAGUCUCCCAUUCUUGAGAGGCCCGAGGGGUUCUCAAAUGGGGGAGCAACCAUGAACCUCAUUGAGAAAAAGCUAAAACAAAGGGCAAGGAGUGCUGCAGCCCGGUUAUCUGGAAGACGCUCUUCAAUGGUUGAGGGAACAAACUCAAAGCCCACUAGAUCUCUUGAGGGGAUUGAUUUAAAUUGUAAAGUUGUGGAUUUUGGUAAUGCAUGCUGGGCUGACAAGCAGUUUGCAGAAGAAAUUCAAACAAGACAGUACAGAGCCCCCGAAGUAAUAUUGCAAUCUGGGUAUUCUUUUUCGGUUGAUAUGUGGUCAUUUGCUUGCACUGCAUUUGAGCUUGCUACUGGUGAAAUGAUGUUCACUCCUAAGGCUGGACAAGGUUUCAGUGAGGAUGAGGAUCACCUAGCUCUUAUGAUGGAAGUACUUGGUAAAAUGCCCCGGAAGACGGCAAUUAGUGGGGCACGAUCUAAAGAUUACUUUGACAGACAUGGCGAUUUGAAGAGGAUUAGGAGACUGAAGUACUCGUCUCUGGACAAAUUAUUAGUGGAUAAAUAUAAACUCUCGAAAGAGGAUGGGGCUGAGUUUGCAGAGUUUCUUCGUCCCCUUCUUGAUUUUGAGCCAGAGAAGCGGCCAACUGCACAGCAAUGCCUUCAGCACACGUGGCUCAAUGCUAAAAGUUUUAAUCAGAAUGAGGUGAGGGAUGAAUCUCUUAUUCAAAAAGUUAAUGAUGGGAUGAGCAGCCUUCAACUUAAUAUGGGUAAGUGAUGGUAGGGAUAGAUGAUUUCCACUGCAGUUUCUCAAGGGAAUCUCCACCAUUCCUCAUUUCCUCCUCUCACCCCAUACUCCUCUUGAACGAAUAGUGGAGAUCUACUGGGAGGAAGAAAGCGGCGGGGGAGGGGGGUACAAGCCCAAUUAUACCCCCUCUCCUUCACGUGUAUAAUGAUAUUAUUUGUGAAGUUGUGAUACUUUUACGCUCUACUUUUUUUGUAAGAUUCAAUAAGAUCUGAUUUAUUCAUUAGUAGAAAAGGCUUACCUUGGUAUUCAAUGCUCAUCACAGUUGACCCUGAAAUUGUAGAAUAAUGUGAAUUUUGGGGUUUUUGAUGAACAUGUAUAGAUGGUUCCACAUUGAUGACAUGAUAAAUGCGAUUAAAACCCCUAUUUGGGACUCUGCUUGCACACUAAAAU